AUGAGAGCUUAUGUGCCCGGCUUUCACAGACAGUCCACGAAGACUCUGCAUUCCACCCUUAAGCAGACAAUUAUCGCGCUUCGUGAGGCUCACACAUUGGGAAACGACGUUCUUGAUGCCAAGGAGCUCCUAGAACAUAAGAUUCUUUCUGAAGAUCAAUACUUUUCCGUCACCGAUGAUGACUGGGAGUCGACUGAUUGCGCCGGAGGUGACCUCGCAGAGUGGCUUGGACAACCCCAACACCAACAUCACCUUGCUUCCGGCUCACCUGAUAACAAAGCAGGGACACAUGUCAGUAGCGAGGCACACAAAAGCAAGUUGGAGCCUCGCUGGCAAAGCUUAGGCGUGAAGUUUGUACCCUUCGACAUCCAGCGUCAAUGUGGGAGGCCUAGUAGGUACUCUCAGGAGGCCGCCAUCUACCAACUAGCCCAUAAUCGCAACCUCUAUAAUAUCAAACUUGAGGAUCGAUCGACAGUCUAUAGCUACCUAAAAGAUAGCCUACGUGAUAUCAAGAGUCCGGCCAUACCAGACCUGCUUCAGACAUAUAACGACACUUGGACAUCGAUCCAUAACAUCCUAGUCACAAACAGAAUCGCCUUUAUACAGGCGGCCGAUAUCGAAGUCAUUGGGUGUACUGCGACAGGUUUGCUAAAGUACCGAGAACUCAUUGCUAGCCUCCGGCCCAAAAUUUUGCUCAUGGAAGAGGCUGCGGAAAUUCGAGAGAGUGACACGAUUGCUGCUCUCCUGCCGUCCAUCGAACAUCUCAUUUUCUUAGGCGACCACCAGCAGUUGCAACCACACGUUGACUUGCCGGAACUCGCACAGGAUCCAUACCGCGUCAACAUUUCCAUGUUUGAACGUCUUAUCAAACUCGGUAUCCCACAUCAAAUUCUCCUCCAACAACGGCGUAUGAUACCCUGCCUGCGAGAAAUAGUACAGUUGUUUUACCCACGACUGGUUGAUCAUACGCCAACUAUAUCGAAGCUUCCGUUAAAUAUCCCCGGUGUCAGCACACCUUUGUGGUGGUUUCAGCAUGACUGGCCAGAGUCUCCCGGAAUUGGAAACUCUGUUCAGAACUUUACAGAAGGCCUGAUGAUAGUACGAUUUGUCCAGUACCUGGUCACUCGAGCAAAUAUCUCGCCGAAUCGCAUUACGUUGCUCACCUACUACAGGGGCCAGGUUGACAUAUUGAACAAACUGCUUGCCAGUAACCAAUGGCUCGUCGCAUGUGAGACCGAGUGGGCUGUGCGAACUGUUGAUGGCUUCCAGGGAGAAGAGAAUGACAUUAUUCUCUUGUCUCUUGUGCGUGGGCCAAAUGGCAAAGCCGGAUUCCUAACCCAGGAGAAUCGUGCCAUUGUUGGUCUGAGUCGUGCAAGAGUUGGCAUGUACAUCUUCGGACACAGGGAUGUCCUAACCAAGCACCCAGUGCGAGGCGAGACUUGGUCAAAGGUGGUACGACAAAUGAAAGGGAAACAAGGUCGAGCAUUGCCACUUUGCCCUAGUAUGGACACUGAGGUCGUUCAUGUUGACCAUCCAGAUCAAUUAAAGCGAAUCAUAAGAGACCCUCAAUACCGAAAGGAUAGCAGUACACACUCUUCCGGUGGCCCAGAUUCAGAGAAACAGCCUUUUGCUGUACAAGCUGCAGAGGUUAAAGUUUCUCUGGGCAGUACUAGAGAGGACGAAGGGCAAAGCCCACAGAUAAAGUUACCAUUCCGCAUAGAGGCCGAUCGCCCAUCAUCACCACCCGGACAGCAAUUAGACGACAUGGAGGAAUUAGCUUCCGACUUGAAGUUAUUGUCAUUUGAAGACUUUGAAACUAUUCCUUUGUCAGCACCAGAUUGUCCAUGGGACCGUCCGCCAUUGAUGCCGACCAUCACGCCAAUGAAAGAAGACUUACUCUUGGAAUUUUCGGAUGAUGAAAUUAGCGAGGCUGGGACGGAGGAUAGCUAA